GUAAAGAGUUAAGCGAGGGAGAAAUACUCAACGAUUAUUAGUUUUUUUCUUUUUGUUAUUUUUCUCUCAAGUUCAGAGACCUGCCGUUUCUUUCUUUCUUUUUUGUUUUUCCUCCUUUCCUACCAGAUGAUGAAUACUUUCCCGGAAACUCCAAGUGCAUUUUCCUGGAAAAUUUUCCUUCUGAAAGAGUGGUGGCGCAUUAGAUUUUGAUGGGCAUCAACUCUUUUUCAGCAACCAAACAGGAGAACUAAUCUGAAGUUCGUUAGCAAAUAGCUCUUGGGCUGACUUCGUUUCCAGUUCAAGUUAAAGGCAGGAGUAUUCUGUCUGGGAAAAGAUUGGAGCUUGAUAUGGAUACGAAAACUGUUAUGGUUCAAAGGGUUUGCGCAUUUUUGCUGCAAAUAAGCCCCUGUAAAUUUUAGCCCAAGAUUGAAGCCUAUGGGAAGACACCAUUUUGUUUUGUAGCGUUGUUGGGUUUUGAGAAUGUUGUCACCGGACUUGGUCUCUGGUGCCUCAUUGGGGACGGCUACAGAAGCUCUUUCGCAAACAGUGGAACAAAUUCUUGAGGUUGUAGUUGCUGCGAAUGAUGUCCUCGUUAAGAAGGACAGUUUUAAGGAACUUGCGGAUUACUUGGAAAGAAUAGUCCCAGUUUUAAGAGCGGCAAGCAAGGGAAACAUUGAUGAUUCUGAGAGCUUGAAAAAUGCCAUUGAGAUUCUGAACCGGGAAACAAAAUCUGCGAAGCAACUGAUGUUGGACUGCAGCCAGAGAAGCAAAGUUUAUCUCUUGAUGAAUUGCCGAACAAUAGUGAAGCGCCUAGAGGGCACUUCAAAAGAGAUCAGUCGGGCUUUAAGUCUUCUUCCUUUGGCCACACUCGAUGUCUCGUCUGCCAUUAUUGAAGAUUUCAAAAGGCUUUGUGAAAGUAUGCAGAGAGCUGAAUUUCGAGCAGCAAAAACAGAAGAAGAGAUUAUGGAGAAAAUCGAGUCUGGUAUACAGGAAAGGAACAUUGAUCGCUCUUAUGCCAAUAAUUUGUUGGGUCUCAUAGCAAAGCAGGUUGGAAUUUCACCUGAGGGGUCAGAAUUAAAGAAGGCGAUUGAAGAAUUCAAGAGUGAGAUAGAAGAUGCCAGGUUGAGGAAGGACCAAGCUGAAGCUAUACAGAUGGAGCAGAUAAUUGCUUUAUUAGAAAGGGCUGAUGCAGCUUCAUCUCCAGAGGAAAAGCUGAUGAAGUACUACUCUAAGCGAAAUUCUUUAGGUAGUCAACCAUUGGAACCCCUCCAGUCGUUUUACUGCCCCAUAACAAGGGAUGUUAUGGAAGAUCCUGUGGAAACUUCUUCAGGACAGACAUUUGAGAGAAGUGCAAUAGAAAAGUGGUUUUCAGAUGGCAACGCAUUGUGUCCUCUGACCAUGACCGCUUUAGACACAUCCGUUUUACGGCCAAACAAAACUCUUAGACAAUCAAUUGAAGAGUGGAGGGACAGGAAUACAAUGAUUAUGAUCGCCUCCUUGAAACAAAAGCUCAAGUCUGAAGACGAGGAGGAAGUGCUUGUUACCCUGAGCGAGCUACAGGAUCUGUGUGAAAAAAGAGACCAGCACCGAGAAUGGGUUAUCCUCGAGGAUUACAUUCCAAUUCUCAUUCAACUCCUCAAUGUGAGGAGGAAUCGUGAGAUAAGGAAAAAUGUUCUUGUCAUCCUUUGUAUUUUGGCAAAGGAUGGUGAUGAUGCUAAGGAAAGAACCAAACGAGUAGGGAAUGCGAUUAAAAAUAUUGUUCGAUCGCUUGGGCGUCGUCCUGAAGAACAAAAAUUAGCAGUGGCGUUACUGUUGGAAUUAUCUAAAUGUAAUUCAGUAAGAGAUGACAUUGGGAAGGUUCAAGGUUGCAUACUCCUACUGGUGACAAUGUUGAACAGUGAUGAUAAUCAAGCUGCGAUCGAUGCGCAGGAGCUGUUGGCGAAUCUGUCGUUUUGUGAUCAGAAUGUUGUUCAAAUGGCAAAGGCUAAUUAUUUCAAGCACUUGUUGCAGCGACUUUCUACAGGAUCCAAAGAUGUGAAAAUGAAAAUGGCGUCUAGUUUGGCAGAGAUGGAAUUGACCGACCACAACAAAGAGUCCUUAUUUGAGGGAGGUGCACUAGGUCCUCUUCUCGACUUGGUCUCACAGGAAGACAUUGAUAUGAAAAUGGUAGCUGUAAGAGCUCUUCGAAACCUCUCAAGUUUACCCAAAAAUGGCCUGCAGAUGAUCAGAGAAGGCGCAGAGCGACCAUUACUUGACAUUCUUGUUCAUCCUAGCUUUUCAUACUCAAGUUUACGCGAACAUGCAGCAGCCGCAAUUAUGCAGCUAGCUGCUUCAACUGUGUCCGAAGACUCUGGUCAGACACCUGUUUCCUUCUUGGAAUCCGAUGAUGAUAUUUUCAUGCUCUUCUCUUUGAUUAGCUUGACAGGACCUGAUGUCCAGAAGAGCGUUAUCCAGACCUUCCACAUUCUGUGUCAAUCCCGCUCCACUACAAAUAUCAAGGCCAAGUUAAUACAGUCCUCAGCUAUGCCGGUGUUGGUCCAAUUGUGUGAGCAUGAGAACCCAAGCGUAAGGGCAAAUGCUCUAAAGCUGUUCUGUUGCUUGACAGAAGGUUUUGAUGAAGCCACUUUCGGGGAGCACGUGUGUCAAAAGUUCAUCGAGGCUGUAUUAAGGAUCAUCAAAUCUCCCAACGAUGAAGAAGAGAUUGUUUCUGCAAUGGGCAUCAUCUCAAACCUCCCUGAAAUCCCGCAGAUCACUCAAUUGCUUUUCGAUGCAGGGGCGCUCCCACUCAUCUUCAGUUUUCUCAACAACGGCACUCGAAAUGGUCCACACAAGAACCAGCUCAUAGAGAACGCUGUUGGAGGUAUCUGCCGUUUCACUGUUUCAACGAACUUGGAAUGGCAGAAGCGCACAGCUGAAGUUGGCACCAUUUCCGUGUUGGUGCAAUUGCUAGAGACUGGAACCACAUUGACCAGACAACGUGCAGCCAUAGCUCUUGCUCGGCUUUCAGAGAGCUCUUCACGUCUAAGCAGGAAGUUGCCAAAAGGUAAAUGGCUCUCGUGCUUCUCAGCUCUUCCAGAAACUGGCUGCCCAGUUCAUGGAGGAAUCUGUACUAUCGCCUCGUCAUUCUGUCUCGUGGAGGCUGGUGCUUUGCACCCACUUGUGAGGAUUCUUGGGGAACCUGAUCCCGGUGCUUGUGAGGCUGCUUUAGACGCUCUGUUAACUUUGAUCGAAAGUGACAGGCUUCAGAGCGGUAGCAAGGUGCUUGGAGAUGAAAAUGCCAUGCAGCCUAUAAUAAAACUUCUUGGUUCCCCCUCUCCUAGAUUGCAGGAGAAGGCUCUAAAUGCGCUGGAAAGGAUAUUCCGGCUGUUCGAGUUCAAACAGAAGUAUGGAGCCUUUGCUCAGAUGCCUUUAGUCGACUUGACUCAGCGGGGAAGCAGGAGUGUCAAAUCCAUGGCAGCAAGAGUACUUGCUCAUUUGAAUGUGCUUCAUGAUCAGUCCUCUUAUUUCUGAAGGAAUUUCUAGCUUUUGGUGAAAUAUAGAACUCAAUUCCUCGCGUUGGCUAUACAGGAACUGAGAGAUGCCUAAGGAAAUGCAUAUCCAGGCACGGAAGCCCCACAUAUCGUGAAGUAGGACUGGAGAUGGGUAAGCAUUGAGAAAAGAAAGAAAACCAAGAUCAGUUUCAUACUUCCCGAGUAUACUGACCUCUCUGAUCUGUAGUUUGCAGUUCGGUGUAACGAGGUCAUGCUUUUGGAGUCAUCUUAUUCGAUUCGAUUCCUCUGGCUGUAUAUAUAUUAUUAAGCCAUUGGACAGGUAGGAAAGAUCUUGUAGCUCAUAUUAGAUGCUGCGGAUGUGGUAUCGAAAGUUUAUUAUUGAUAGAAGAGCAAAAUCAAGCUGCCGUUGGUGGGCUGGUUAGUGAAGAUCAUCUAGUUCUUUUCAUUGUAGAAUUCAAUUCUUUGCAACUGAAAUGAAGUAUAUUCUACUCUUCCCGAUUUGACGAAGGAAGUUCGAGAAUUUUGAACAACAAAGUACUGUUUGUGUUGAAUUUGUUAAGUUUUAGUUCAAAUACAUUAUUUCCUCUAUGUAUGCAUGUGGGUGUAUAUUUGAAUAAAGCAUCUCUCCAGAAUUUCUCUUAGGCUCUAGACAAGAUUUCAUAGUAGUUGUAUUUUAUGCGAAUUCUUUUCUUUCUUGUAAACUAAUCUUCUAGAUUCUUUUUUUUGCUUCAGUUUUUCCAAUGUUUUUUUUUCCCAGGUAAAGAUUGGUACUUGGGAAUUGCUGGUGUGCGUGUAUUUUGUGCUAAUAUUGCAGCUCAUUUUGCUAAUAAAUUAUAAAGGCCA